UUUAUGCAGGCGUUAGCUCGUAAUGCUUUUGCGCGGACAGACAGUAGUUACUGCAAUUGUACGUGCAUGCAGUUAGCGUAAAUUCUUUUCCAGAUAAUUGCCUAUCUGGAUGCAGUACCAUACUUCACAAUCCAAAUCUUCUUAAAUUCAGUGAAAAUGAAAUUAUUGGAUGUAAAAAUUAUACAACUGGCGUUUGUUAUAUAUGGGACCGGUGUGUGGGCGGUGCAAAGACUUGACGAGGAAGAUCGACAACACUUGGACGAUGAUAUUCCAGCAGACUGGCGAGACUAUGUUGCACUAGAUAUGUUGAAAUCGUUUCCGGUAAAGGACCGGUCAAAUGGGCUCUUGCAAGGGGAUAUUGCCGGAAUCGAUCCCAGUAUGGUUGUCAACUUUGGCCCGACUCAGUUUAACGCAGUGAAUGAUGAAAACUUGUUAUGGCCAAAUGGUUUGAUUCCUUAUGAGAUGUCAAGGCAAUUUCGAAAUGUGGACGUGGAUUUCAUCAAACAAGCUCUAGCUGGCAUAGAAGCGAAAACUUGCGUACGAUUUAUUCCAAGAAAAUAUGAGGAGGACUUUAUUGCGAUCAUUGCUGGAUUGGACUGCAGUUCUAUGGUGGGACGACAAGGCUCCCGACAGGAAGUGAGCAUGAAUCGCGGUUGCCGGGACGGUUUAGGCGCCACUCAACACGAAUUUCUCCACGUUCUGGGUUUUUAUCAUGAGCACGCCCGAUCGGAUAGAGAUCAGUACAUUUGGAUCAAUCACAGGAAUCUCAACAACGAUGAUUCACCAACGAUGUUACAAUUCCUCGCUAAAACUCCACAACAAGCCACGACUCUCGACACGCCCUACGACUACGAGUCCGCUAUGCACUACGGCUGGAACGCUUUCGCUGUCAACCGUAAUUAUCCCACCAUCCUUCCGAAACAAAAGGGCAAACGCAUCGGACAGCGUGAUCAUUUAAGCGACACGGAUAUUCUGCGCAUCAAUAAAUUAUACCGCUGCGAAGCGUAUCUGAACAAGGAGAAACCGAAACCGGUGCAGAUUAGCGAGGUCAGCUACGAUGACGACGAGCAAGAGUGGUGGAUACUGUGUAAUGGAAAGGUCGACCGGGAAGGCGGUUGGGAUGAGAAUCCGGAUGUGUGCUUGAAGCUGUGCGAUAAAAUUGAUAAUGCGCUGUAUCCGAAUUUGUGGGUGGGCGAUCGGUACAGCGGGAAGCGACUGUUUAACCUGCCUACCACUAAGCGGUGCAUGCAAAAGUCAUGGUUGUGCGAUGGAAUUCAGGAUAGUCCUGAUGACGUAUCCGAAGACAAGGAAACUUGUAAAAAAUUCUGCAAAGGUGGAGGCUAUGUGGCGAUUGCUCCCAGUUACCAGUGCGUCCAUUUCACCGAAUUGUGCGACGGAAAAAUUGCCAACGCCGGUCGCCCUAACGGAGCCGGUGAUGGGUCGGAUGAAGAUAAGGACAACUGCAUCAAAUACUGUCAACAGCCGGAUAUGCAAGACUACGGCGGACGCCUCUUCAACCUAGCACCGACACAGCGCUGCAUGCUGAAAACGUGGCUGUGCGACGGAAUUAAAGACAACGACCCUAACGACACGUCCGAAGAUCCGGAGAAUUGUAAGAAAUAUUGUACUGGAUCUGGACACUUUCCCGCCGGUGACAAUUUCCAGUGUAUUAUUUAUUCGUGGUUGUGCGAUGGCCGGAAAGAUACUCGCACCGGAUGGGAUGAAGUGAAAGGGAACUGUUUGAGCGCAUGUCCGAAGGUCCCCGGAAUGGACGGUGAAUUGUUCAAUCUGGAGGAGACAUCGGGGCAGUGUUUACAUAAACGAACAUUGUGUAAUGCACAAAUAGAGAGCGGUCAGGUUUCGACCAACAACGAAGAUAUCUGUGAAAAAUACUGCAAAGGAAGUUUGUUCUUUCCGGCGGAGGACACAAAACAAUGUCUACGCGCCACGGAUCUAUGCGACGGCAAGCUGGAUACGAAAAAUGGAUGGGAUGAGACGCCGAAGAAUUGCCGAAAGUACUGCAACCUGAUGAACACCGAACAAAAUCUUUUCGUUAAUCCCCGAUCUAGGCGGUGCUUAAUAAAGCCUCGCGCAAGAAGAUCUCUGCUAUUGCAAUAAGACAUUUUUCCGCAUUAUCAUUCUGUGAUUUAUAUGGAUUGUCCACUGUACACACUGCUACUGCUCCGGUUUAAGCAGUAGCAGUUGAUGUCAAAUACUACAGUAAAAUACAGUAAAACUGCACUUAAAAAAAUAAUAUAUAAUUUUAAUUCCUAAUCAUUCAUAUUAAACUGCAUCUGCACUCCACAUUAGAUGAAGCAUGUGUAUAUGCGCAACAUACUUGCACGUUGCGCACACAGUU